AUGUUCAGUGCAUCCGGUGCUAAGGAAGACUCUCUGCUCGCGUCAGAUUAUCUUUCAAGGCCAUCUAAAUGUUUGCUCUACGAUGGCAUCUCCCUGUCAGAAGCACUGGCCCCCGACCCACAGUACGAACGCGACUUUCACAUAGACGACAACAAGUUUGCGUUCUCGCCAGGCCAGCUCAACAAACUACUCAAUCCCAAGUCGCUUGCCGCCUUUUAUGCUCUGGGGGGACUCCGUGGCUUGGAACAUGGGCUUCAAACCGAUUUAACAGCGGGACUCUCGGUGGAUGAGGGAAUCCUAUCGGAACGUGUCACAUUCAAUGAUGCAAGGGAUGUUUCCAUCUCCAAGUUGGAGAGCGGUAGAUGGCUUUUAUCGCAGAAUACAGAAUCAGUGCAUCAGGGUACCCCGACACAGUUCGCCGAUAGAUAUCGGGUGUUUGGGCGCAAUGAUUUGCCUGAAGCACGGAGGAAGGGCUUCUUUAAACUUCUCUGGGAAGCUUAUAAUGACAAGAUUAUCAUUCUCUUGACGAUCGCGGCCGUGGUAUCAUUAUCGCUGGGUGUCUACGAGGCAGUCAGCGGCCAGUCUCAAGUCGACUGGAUCGAGGGGGUUGCAGUCUGUGUUGCAAUACUUAUUGUGGUUUUGGCAACCGCAGGAAAUGAUUGGCAAAAGGAGAGGCAGUUUGCCAAGUUGAACAAACGGACUGUUGAUCGUGACGUGAGGGUGAUUCGCUCAGGGAAGCCGAUCAUGGUUCACAUUUUCGAUAUUACAGUUGGAGAUGUGCUGCAUAUUGAGCCGGGUGAUUCGCCCCCUGCUGACGGAGUGAUAAUCUCUUGUCAUGGAAUCAAAUGCGAUGAGUCUUCGGCAACAGGAGAGUCCGAUCAGAUGGAGAAAAUGAGCGGUCAUGACGUAUGGAAUAUUAUUCUUCAUGAAACUGCAACAGAAGAGAUGGACCCCUUUAUCAUUUCCGGUAGCAAGGUCCUCGAGGGACUGGGGACAUACUUGGUCACCAGCGUGGGCAGGAAUUCCACAUACGGUAGAAUCAUGGCGUCGCUGCGGACUGAAAGUGAUCCCACGCCGUUGCAAGUCAAGCUGUCGAGGCUAGCAAGCUGGAUAGGAUGGUUUGGAACAGGUGCAGCUUUACUUCUGUUUCUUGUUCUUUUCUUCCGAUUUCUAGCUCAACUGUCCGGGAGUGAGGCCACGCCGACGGAGAAAGGCCAAGAAUUUAUGGAUAUUCUCAUAGUUGCUGUUACCGUAAUCGUAGUGGCAAUACCUGAGGGCCUGCCAUUGGCUGUGACUCUAGCUCUGGCCUUUGCAACUACUCGCAUGCUGAAGGAGAAUAACCUCGUACGACUCUUGCGCUCCUGCGAAACGAUGGGAAACGCGACAGUGAUAUGCUCUGAUAAAACUGGAACACUCACGCAGAAUCAAAUGACAGCAGUCGUGGGCUUCUUUGGUUCCCACGAAAACUUUGGUCACAUGCCAAGCGACGACGAUCAAUCAUCACCUACUGCCUUGGAGGUUUCAUCGAGAUUUCCCGGGUCAUUCAAGGACAUUCUAGUCAAAAGUAUUGCUCUGAACUGUACUGCCUUCGAGGAAGUCCAAGAGAAUGGCAAGCAAUUUAUUGGCAACAAGACUGAAGUUGCCCUUCUUCGGUUUGCGCGAGGAUACCUCGGGAUGACUGACCUUGGCGAGGAGAAAUCAAACGCUCACAUCGAACAUGUUUAUCCGUUUGAAUCGGGUCGUAAGUCAAUGGGGAUUGUUUACCGCACAGAUUCAGGUGGCUCUCGGUUGCUCGUCAAGGGAGCUGCUGAGUUGGUGCUGGAUAUGUCUACCCAGAUGGUCGCUACGGGUCAUACUGAAGAAACAGACAUAACAGCCGAGCCAAUCUCGAAGGACGAUCACAGGGCCAUAUCGAGAAACAUCGACAACUAUGCGAGUCAUUCUCUACGAACCAUUGGACUUGCAUACAGAGACCUCUCAGAAUGCCCAUCUGGUAAUUCUGUGGAUCAUGAGAAGGGCUUACCCAGUUAUGAGCAACUAUUACACGACAUGACAUGGAUUGGUGCAUUUGGCAUACAUGAUCCUCUAAGACCUGAAGUCCCGGGGGCAAUCAAAAAAUGUCACUCUGCGGGUGUACAGGUCAAGAUGGUUACAGGUGACAAUAUAAAAACUGCUUUGUCGAUCGCUUCUUGUUGCGGGAUAAGAACAGACGAUGGCAUCGUUAUGGAGGGCCCUCAGUUCCGAAAGCUUCGUGAUGAGGAAAUGGACGCCGUCCUCCCACGGCUGCAAGUAUUGGCUCGUUCAUCUCCAGACGACAAGCGGUUACUCGUCCAGCACCUUAAACGACUAGGGGAGAUUGUCGCGGUCACAGGCGAUGGAACCAACGAUGGACCAGCAUUGAAGACCGCCGACGUGGGCUUCUCCAUGGGCAUUAGCGGAACAGAAGUGGCUCGAGAAGCCAGCUCUAUCAUACUCUUGGACGACAACUUCAAGUCCAUUGUUACCGCGAUUGCCUGGGGUCGGUCUGUAAAUGAUGCUGUUGCCAAAUUCUUGCAGUUUCAAAUCACCGUCAACAUCACUGCAGUCUGUCUGACGGUGAUCACGGCUAUCUACAACAGUUCCAACGAGAGUGUGUUCAAGGCCAUCCAGUUACUGUGGUUGAACUUGAUCAUGGAUACAUUUGCUGCAUUGGCACUGCAAGUAUCCCACAUCUUGAAACACAUACGUCUUUGGACUAACACACACAGGGCAACCGACCCCCCAACCGAUAAAAUCCUAGAACGACCACCCACUCCCCGAAGCGCACCUUUGUUUACUGUGACAAUGUGGAAGAUGAUACUGGGACAGUCUAUCUACAAACUAGCCCUAUGCUUCACCCUCUACUUUGCAGGUGAUCGCAUCCUCGAUUACGACACCAGCAUCCCUCAGAAGCAACUAGAGCUUGAUACCAUCAUAUUCAACACGUUUGUCUGGAUGCAAAUAUUCAACGAACUGAACUGUCGUCGACUAGACAACAAUUUUAAUAUUUUUGAAGGCGUUCACCGGAACUACUGGUUCAUGGUGAUCAAUGUGCUGAUGGUUGGUGGGCAAGUACUUAUCAUCUUCGUCGGAGGUGAUGCCUUCAGCGUAACCCGGCUGGACGGUGUCCAAUGGGCCAUCUGUCUCGGAUGUGCUGUGUUUUGCAUACCCUGGGCUGCUGUUCUCAAGUUCCUUCCGGAUCAUUAUGUUGCGGUUGUUCUCGAAUACACCGGGAAGGCGUUCCGAAUGAUACUUUGCCCAGUAGGGAAGACUUAUCGGGCUAUUGCACUCGUCCUCUCCAAACUGAAGAGAGCAAUUAUGGCGCAGUUUCGGUGCUUCAAUGGGAGAUCCCGUACUGAUGAAGAAGCUUGCAAUGGGUCGGUACCUGAAGAAAGCUAG